AUGCGGCGCGCCAGCCGAGACUAUUCCAAGUACUCGCGCGGCGCCGAGGAGCUGGGCGCCAGCGCCGCCGCGCACGAGUGCGCCCCGCCGCAGCCGCUGCUGCCGCUGCAGGCGCCCGGCGGCGCGGCCUCACCGUCCCACUCCCCGUCCGCCUCGAGAGCUCUCCUAGCCGCGCUGGUCCUGCUGGGCCUCGGCCAGGUGAUCUGCAGCGUGGCCUUGUUCCUCUACUUCAAAGCGCAGAUGGACCCUCACAGAAUUUCUGAAGAGGAUGCCCACUGUUUAAGGUCCUUCUUGAGACUUCAGGGGAAUGUAGAUCUGCAAGAAACCACCUUGGCCAACCAAGAGACAAGGCUAUUCUCUGAAUCAUGUCAAAGGAUGAAGCAGGCUUUUCAAAGAGUAAUGCAAAAGGAGGUCCAGCGUCUGAGUGUUGGAAAGGACCAGUCAAGAUUGGAGAAAUCAACAAUGGGAGCAUCAUGGCCAGAUUCGCCGAAGAAGAACAAACCUGAGAAAGCGCCAUUUGCCCAUCUUAUAAUCGAUGGCCACAAUAUUCCCACUGGCACUGGAAAAGUGAACCUUACGUGUUGGCAUCAUGACAAAGGCUGGGCGAACGUUCUGAAUAUGACCUUUAGCGAUGGCAAACUCAUAGCCAAUCACGACGGCUUUUACUACCUAUACGCCAACGUGUGCUUCAGGCACCAUGAGACGUUGGGAAACCUGACUGGUCAAACGCUGCAGCUGAUGGUGUAUGUGAUCAAAACGGAUGUUAAAAGGCGGAACCCUGUCAUUCUGAUGAAAGGGGGAAGUACCAAGAACUGGUCAGGAGAUUCUGAAUUUCAUUUUUUCUCAGUAAACGUCGGAGGGUUUUUCAAAUUGAAGUCCGGCGAAACUAUAAGCAUCCAGGUCUCCUACCCUUCCUUGUUGGAUCAUUCCCCAGAAGGAACUUACUUUGGGGCUUUUAAAAUAAGAGAUAUUGAUUGAUUCUAUGAUUUUUUUAGAAGGGAAAAUGUGCUAUUUAUUCAACGGGGUUAGCUUAUUGGAGGAUAUAAUUAACAGCUUGUGGGGUCCAGCUGUAUAUGAAUGAGAUUUCCUGGGCAGCUUUACCCACUGCUCCAUUUCAAAAUCAGCUCGUAAUGUUAGGAUCGUUCAGC